AUGGAUGGGAAGCCUAUGGGAGUAGACAAGAUUGGAAUGUACAAGGAGCAUGCUGUGGUUGCAGAGGUGCUUGAUUUGCUCACAAUGGAGACAUUCUACGUGGAAUUGGGGACUGAUAGUCUGGUUGAGAGUGACUUAUUGGGAAUAAAUGUGGCAGAGACAAGUGAGCUACCAGAAAUAACACAUGUGAAAAUAUUGAGUACAAGUAAUCCACUAUUUAGGGAGAAUGACAUGAUAUUGGGAGUAGAAGACGUGCAUUCAGAUGAUUUGGUAGAAGAAAUAACAUCAGAAGAGAGUAAGACACUGUUGGUCUUAAGAAACCAUAAAAUAUUACGCAUAGAGACAGAUGGAAGCAAAUUGCACUGUGAAAUAGGCGUAGGACUGUUGUACAGGCCAAUUAUAGGUAAAGAGAUCUACAAUGAGGAAUAUAAUGGAAAGGUUAAACGAAAAUAUCGGAAUUCGAUUAAUGAGACAGAAAACAGGAAUGUGACAAGUCAGGUAGAAAGGAAGGAAGAAGAAAAUAAGGUUGCUCAGGUGAAAGAAAAGAAGUUAGGGCGGUCAAAUAUCAAGUAUGACGACAGAUUUGAUGAAAUAGUGAAAAAGGAAGAAGAAUAUGUUCAGGGAGUGAAGAAGGAGGAAGAGACAGUUGCAAAGUUAGUGAAUGACGAGUUUAUUUGUAGGAGAGAUUAUGCUGAAGAAGGAGUACUGACAGAUGAAGCAUUUGCAAGGAGGAAACAGAAACAGGAGAAAGUAGAGCCUGAAGAUGGGGAACAGGAGCCAACAGUAGGGAAUCAGAGGGUAUUUGGAGACCUGAAUAACCAGAGCAGCAGUGACAUUUUUGAAAAUACGAAAAAGGAAGAGAAGGAUUGCAUACACUUCUCAGACUGCGAUUGUGAAGAAAGGAAGAAGAAGAAUUCGGCUGAUCCAUCCAACUUCCUAUCAGAAAGUGACGAAGGUGGAUACUUUAAAUAG